AUGGGUGAUUGGGCUCAACUUGCUCAGUCUGUGAUCUUGGGUUUGAUUUUCUCUUAUCUUUUGGCUAAGCUGAUCUCGAUCGUCGUCACCUUUAAAGAAGACAAUCUCUCCCUUACUCGUGACACCGAGCCUCCUCAAUCGGAGAUUAAACCUGAGUUUGACUCACGCCGCGUCGAUUCUUCUACCGGAGGUGGCGAGGCGGAUUCGCUCGUGGCGGAGCAAGGUAGCUCGAGAGGCGAUAGCGUCGGUGGUGACGACAGCGAUGAAGACGAUGAUUGGGAAGGCGUCGAGAGCACGGAACUCGAUGAGGCUUUUAGCGCCGCUACUCUCUUCGUCACUACCGCCGCUUCAGAUCGGCUUUCGCACAAGGUACCUAGCGAUGUGCAGCAAAAGCUUUAUGGAUUGUACAAGAUUGCUACAGAGGGACCUUGUACUGCUCCUCAGCCUUCACCUCUCAAAAUGACUGCUCGUGCCAAGUGGCAAGCAUGGCACAAACUUGGUGCUAUGCCUCCUGAAGAAGCAAUGGAGAAGUAUAUUGAGAUUGUUACUCAGCUAUACCCAACUUGGUUAGACGGCGGCGUGAAAGCGGGAAGUCAGGGUGGGGAUGAUGCAGCAUCCAACUCAAGAGGAGGAACUAUGGGGCCAGUUUUUAGCUCUUUGGUUUAUGAAGAGGAAUCUGAAAAUGAGUUGAAGAUUGAUGCCAUCCACACAUUUGCUAGAGAAGGAGAAGUUGAGAAUUUGCUUAAAUGCAUUGAAAGUGGCAUUCCUGUAAAUGCGAGGGAUAGUGAAGGUCGCACACCGUUGCACUGGGCUAUAGACCGUGGCCACCUCAACAUUGCGAAAGUUCUGGUCGAUAAGAACGCGGAUGUGAAUGCUAAGGACAACGAAGGCCAAACCCCUCUGCAUUACGCUGUUGUGUGCGACAGGGAAGCCAUCGCCGAGUUUCUCGUGAAGCAGAAAGCUAACAUAACCGCUAAAGAUGAGGACGGAAACUCCCCGCUCGAUCUCUGUGAAUCAGACUGGCCCUGGAUUCGAGAUUCCGCAAAGCAGACAGACUAA